AUGGACAAGUGUCCACGCGCCUCCAUGUGGCCUUUGCACAUGAUCAAUGCCCACGAUAGCUUGCAGCAGAUCUACUCGUUCAGGGACAAGCUGCCACAGGCCAGUGGCUGGAUGGCGGAUCACCGAGCUCGCAGCUCGAAAAGCAGCAGGUCCACGGCCUUGCAGGGGAUGACGAGCGAUGCCUGGACGGCAGCCAAGAGCAAGGAGCUGCCUGCUGAGCUCCGAGGGCGGGAACCGCAGAGACAUCCGAGCCAGGCCAUUCAGGACUCGAGCAGGACGAGGCCUCUUCCUGUGUACUCGUACCCGAUCAUACAAGGAGCAGGUCCAUGGGAGUCUUACGAGAACGGAGAACCGAGGGCAUUCACACCCUACCGCCCAGGCACCCUCGGCGGCUCUUCCCCUUCCUCCACCUCCUCUUCCAAGGACAACCGCCUGGUCACCGUGGGUCAGGUGGGAGGAAAGCAGGAGAAAAAGUCGGGCUCGAAGAAGAAGCAGCAGAAGAUGCAGACCAAGGUAGCGCAGCCGACGCAGACUGAGUACGGGGAUAUCGCGAUCUUCCCAAGGAGGAAGGCGGGGCAGUCGGGGAUGGGAAGCAACCGACCACCCGUGGUAGUGACGCGCGAGGUGCUGGAGAGUCACUUCAACAUGCCUCUACUUGCAGUCUGCAAGAAACUGGGACUUUGCGCUACGGUGCUCAAGAAGGUUUGCAGGCAGUUGGGAGUACACAAGUGGCCGUACAAGGAGACGAAGCUGACGGCGAGGAGGCAGGGCAGGCUGCUGUCCAACGGCAUGAUCGCUUCCUCCCCCGUUGACAGGCCAAAGGAGGAGGCAGAGAAGGCCAUCACGCCCAAGAAGGAGGAGCACGCCCCAGCUGUAGGUUCAGCAGCGGUAAGGAAGGAGCUCUACAGCCCGGUUGCCUUGAGACCUGCUGUGCAGCAGAGGCCAGUCAGGACUGUCGUCAAGACGCUGGACUCCGUGGAGCCCAGGCACAGCUGGAGCGAAACUGACAAGGCUCGGGGCAUCUGGAUGAGCUCCCAGCACGAGGACAUGUCGGAGCUCAACGUGGAGCCGGGGGACGCGGACUUGGAGCUCUGGCAGGAGGUGGAGGGAGGAGCGGAGGGGCAGGGUGGAGGGCAGGAGGCGGCCGCCAUGUCCUCGAACGCUGGCGUGCCGGUGAGCGGGGAGGCGAUCGGGGGAGACGCGCAGCUGGAGAUGCUGAUGGGGGACGGAGGAUGCGACGACAUGCGGUGGCUCUUCGCCGAGCCCCCCAGCAGCUGCCUGCCUGACGCCCGGGAGCUGGAAAGUUCCCUACUGGGCCCCUUGCAGGCGUUCCCUACUGAUAGUAACUAG